AUGGCCGCUUCAUCCGCUCUAUCCACCAUCAAGGUGGUCAUGCUUGAUAUUGAGGGCACUGUCUGCCCGAUAUCAUUCGUCAAGGACGUUCUUUUCCCAUAUGCCCUCGAUGCCCUCCCCGGCACCCUCGAGUCAAAAUGGGACAGCCCGGAGUUUGCGCCGUAUAGGGAUGCCUUCCCGGCGGAAUACGCAUCCUCGCCGUCCGCGUUUGCAGACCACGUGAGGGACCUGGCGAGCCGGGACGUCAAGGUCGCCUACCUCAAGAGCCUCCAGGGUUACCUCUGGGAGACGGGCUACCGGAACGGGGAGAUCAAGGCGCCGCUGUUCCCGGACGUGGCGCCCCAGCUGGCCUCGUGGGCCGCCGCCGGCAUCCCCGUCAUGAUCUACUCUUCGGGCUCGGUGCCGGCGCAGAAGCUGCUCUUCGCGCACACCGACGGCCGGCCGGCGGACCUGACGCCGCUCAUCACCGACUACUUCGACACCGUCAACGCGGGGCCCAAGACGCAGGCCGCGAGCUACGCCGCCAUCGCCGCGAGGUACCCGGCGCACCCGCGCGAGGGGGGGUGGCUGUUCCUCAGCGACAACGUCGCGGAGGUCGAGGCCGCGGCCCGGGCGGGCAUGCAGAGCUUCGUCGUGCAGCGGCCGGGCAACGCGCCCCUGCCCGAGGGCGUCGAGGCGCGGCACACGGUCACGAUGUCGUCUGCGAGUUUCGACAGAUCGACGACCGGCACGGAAGUCGCCAGGGUCUUCAAGGAUCACAUCAAGGGGAAGCGUGUUCUCAUCACUGGAGCCAGCCCAAACUCGCUUGGCGAAGCCACGGCGCUCGCCAUAGCCCGCUCCCAGCCCGCGCUAUUGAUCCUGGCCUCGCGGACGCGGUCCAAGCUCGACGCCGUCGCCAGCCGCCUCGUCGCCGACGGCCUGCUCCCCAGCGCUAGCGUCCGGACCGUCGAGCUCGACCUGUGCUCGCAGGCGUCGGUGCGCGCCGCGGCCGCGGCCGUCGCGGGGCUCACGCCCAGGCUGGACGUGCUGAUCAACAACGCGGGGAUCAACACGCAGCACCGGCGCCUCUCGCCCGAGGGCGUCGAGGCGACCUUUGCGACCAACCACGUCGGGCCCUUCCUGCUGACCACCCUGCUGCUGCCCCUGCUGCGGGCGGCCGCCGCCGACGCCGCCGCCGUGGCGCCCGGCGAGACGAGGAUCGUCAACGUCUCCAGCGACGGCCACCGCCUCGUGCCCAUGCGGUUCAGCGACUACAACCUCGAGGGCAAGGCCGCUCUGCCGGACGAGCUGCCGCGGAGCAAGGCCCUGCCGGACUGGUUCACCAAGGGCGGGAAGGGGUACUCGGGGGUCCUCGCGUACAACAUGAGCAAGACGGCCGCGGUGCUCUUGACGGUCGGCCUGAAGCAGCGCUUGCGCGCGCAAGGCAUCCAGAGCUUUGCCGCGAAUCCAGGCACCAUCCGUACCCCGCUGAUGCGGGAUAUCCAGCCCGAGCUGCGCGAUUCGAUCGAGACGCUCCAUGCGGGGGAGUGGAAGUCCCCGGAUCAGGGUUGUGCGCCGUUCCUGGUCGCGGCUUUUGAUCCGUCCCUCUCUGGCUCCGACGAGGUCUAUGUCCAGCAAGAUUGCCAGCUGCGCAGGCCGUCAGCUCAUGCGGCCGACGUGGAUAAAGCCGAGCGGCUCUGGGUUCUCAGCGAGGCGUUGACCGGUGCUGGGCAAGGUGCUAGUCGCUUGUAA